GCAACACAGUCUCGUAUGUGUGGGAGUUUAAGCUGAGAAAUAGUUCGCAUGUUCAAUCAACGUUUAAAGAAUUCCACUUAAAUUAUCGCUUAUGUGCUUGCGUCGCGCUUAAGUGUUUGGUAUGUGCGCCGUUAUGCUGAUAAUAAAUUACUUGGAAUACAAAUAUGAAGUAAAAUUCUGACUUGCACAAACAAAUUAAUACAAUUAUGUCUAAAUCUUACGCAAGUCGUCUAAUUUUGCUCGCCUCAAUGCGGUUGCUUUACACCGUUCAAUUUGCGCUUGCCGACAUAUGGAAUUGUGAUUUCAAAGAUACCGUUAGUCUGGUAAAUAUUCGACCAAACAAGCAUGGCGCAUAUGAUUAUGGUGGAAUAAGCAUACCCAAAAAUUUAACUGCCAACUACGAUUAUGAAGAACUCGCCGAUGGCACGCGUGUUACAAGCCCAGCACAUACCAGGGGCUGUGCCUGUAAGCUGAAGCAGUGCAUGCAACUGUGUUGCAUGCCAAACCAACUGUUAGACAAGCAGACGAUGAAAUGUGUCACACCCAACGAUCUUAGCUUGGAAUAUUUGCCGGAAAUCGAAAUAUUUAAUAAAGAGCUUGACGCCUCUUUAGUCGAUGUAAAUGAAGUUUUUAUUACACAGCAGCGGUUACCGUGUGAUAACUUUGCUAUACUGAGUCCAUGGGAGUUUGAAGACGACGCUUACAUUUUAUUUAAGAAUGCCUCAAUAUUACAUAUGAUUAAUGAAGAGCUUAUACCCUAUCGAGACUACUGUCUAACACCUUACUGGUACAACAAUACAGUGAGCUUGAAUCCCAUUAUCUGUUAUGCGAAAACAUCGACGACAACUUAUGUCAAUAUGUCGUUCUUGGCAAUAUCAGUGCCAUUCCUCUUGGCCACAAUCUGGGUAUACUUGUACGUGCCACAGCUACGUUGCCUACACAACAGCUGUCUGAUCUGUUUUCUGGGUACCUUCGCCAUCGGCACCGCUCUACUAAGUUCCACAGCAUGGAUCACCUACGAUAUGGAGGUCUGUCGUAUAAUAGGUUCUACGUGCUAUUUCUUCAUGAUAUCUGCUUUCUUUUGGUUGAAUAUUACCUGUUUCGACUUAUGGCUAAGCAUACGUGGGAUCAGAUAUGAGCUCCAGCUGUGCAAUCCGCGUUUACAUUUCAUUUAUUAUUCGAUUUAUGUGUGGACAGCGGCUGUGAUCUUUACCGUUAUCGCUGUAACUAUUGAGCAUUCUAAUAUAAAUGAUGCCUGGAAGCCGGGAAUCGGUAUUGGACAAUGUUUUAUAAAAUCGGCGUCAGCAAUGCUAUAUUUUCAUGGACCAAGCGGUUUGCUAAUAUUAUUUAAUAUUAUCUUUUUCAUCUUGAGUGUAAAUGAUCUUUAUCAAAUCAAAGAUGCCAACUACAAAAUAAAAAGUGAUCAUAGCCAUCAAUACAAGUUCGCCACAUUUUUACGUUUAUUCAUCAUUAUGGGUAUUUCAUGGAUUAUGGAAGUGAUACCGUACAUCACGCCGACAAAUAAUUCGAUUAUUUUCAAAAUUUUCAAUAUAGUCAAUUCGUCACAAGGCAUAAUAAUAUUUGGAGUACUCGUGCUGAAGCCGCGGGUGCUAAUGUUGCUAAAGAGUCGGUGGAAGGCAUAAUUGUUUGGGCGAGCGUACACUGUUAUAUAGUAUGUACCUAGAUGUGAAAUAUUGUUGCCUUGUAACGCAACAGAGUUGAUUUGUUUGUACGAUAAGAAGUCAUAAUUUUCAAAUAUUUUGAUCACGCAACACCAGAGAGUCAGAGAGAGUACGAGUUCAUUAUAUUUACUGUAACAUACAUAUGUAUACUUGUACAUAGAUAUGUAUAAAUAAGCAUCAUUAAUGUUUAUGAAUACAUUUGAAUGUACUACAUAUGUAAGCGAUGAAUUGUAAAGCUGAUAUCAUAUA